AUGGCUGGCGCAGAGCAGGGGGAGGUUGAUUGGCUGGACGAGGCUAUCAAGGCGGCGUCACAGCGAUCUAAAAAGCUGGAGGAAGCCCCGAAAAGACAUGCAGCCUGUGAUGAGUGCAGAAGGCGGAAGCUAAAGUGCACAGGGGAACUAGAUGGAUGCACUCGAUGCUAUAGACAUGGCCUGUACUGUCACUAUUCAUUUCAGAAGCAGAUGGGCCGGCCGCCAAAGACAUAUACCAGUUUAAACGGGUUCGGCAGCAAGACGGAGUCUCGUAGCCUGGCGUUGACAGCAGAAGACCCUAGUCUGGCCUAUAGCACGCCGGAUGCGCUGGGAGCACUUGAAGCAAGCAACAUGUGUCCCGCCAUCUACAAGACGUUCAUGAAGAAUACGUAUGACAUCCGGCCCGGACCAUUUAUGAGUGAUGGACCCUUGUCAGGAGGUGGUGAGCUCCUAUCAAAUGUUACAUCAGGGUCGACUUCAGUCACAUCAGCGGCAACUGUCCCCAGAGAUAUAGACUAUUCUUCUAUCUCAUCCAUGUUCACGCCGGGGAUGACACCAAACACAAGUACGGAUGCAAAUACAGUUACAUCUACACCUACAACCGUAAAUACGAUAACAAAUACAAGUACAAGUACAAAUACUACCGGCUCUGGACCCUCGGCCUUCCCCCAGAUACUGGCCCCAUGUCCCUGCCUAUCCCAUCUAUACCUCUCCCUGAGCUCCCUUGCAACACUUAACUCAUUCCCACUCUCCCCAAAUACCCUCAUAACACUAUACAACGCCUCCAAGACUGCCAUCGGAGUUCUUAGGUGUAACAUCUGUCCCACGGCAUAUAGCUCUGCAGUGCAAAACCUGAUGCUGCUGGGAACCUUGCUCACAUGCAUGGCAAAUUCAUGGCUCGAGAUGUCGUUACAGGACGGACAACAGCUGGCGAUGGAAAUGCUCGACCAGCCUACCAUUGACUCGUUACCGGCUGACGAGGGGGCACGAAAUGCUUACUUAAAAACUUGGUUGCAUGAGCUGGUACGGUAUGGCGUUAUAGGACACAUCACACCUCCCAAUGCAGCGCUUGUGCAGAGCCAGUGUGACGAGAGCCCGAAUCUGCUUGGACUGGUAGAGGAGAUGGAGGCACGGCAGAGGCGGUGGCAUGCUGAGCGGCUGCCGAUGGUUAACCCUAGCUGCCCGCGGCAAGGGGUGCAAGAUUUAUCACCGGCUAAUGUAGAUGCAGCUGCUACGGACGAUGGGGCUGUCGAGCGCAAAGAUCCUGAUUAUCUGUGCCUGCGGAUAGCCGGCAAUGCGAGACAAGUAAUCGACCGGGUUUGGCUUCAGUGCAGAGGAGUUGCAAAAUAG